AUGAGCCCGCAAAGGCUUGCUGAAGGUUUUGCCCGACUACGUGAUCGUUUAAGUACUCGUGAUCGGUCGCGUCAGAAGCGGAAUCUCGCCGAACAACCUACUUCAUCCGAACGUUCCGAUUCUCAGGUACAGCAGCAACCUCAAUCGCAGCAGGUUUCCUCAGCCUCAAUACACUCCACGGCUACAACGGCCACCGCAUCGCAGAAUGUCCCCAUACAGACUGAGGCCAUCGAGGAGGAUUCACAACCUGGAGAGAAACCCUCAAGCAAAUCAGACUUAUGGGACAAAGCUUUGACCCAUCUCAGCAAAUCGGAGUACGAUCGCGAUAUAGUCGCUAUCGUCAAGACAUUCACCGGGAACCCAAUCGGCGACAAUGCGACUGCCGAUGGCAGGCCCAGCUCAACAAAAGAUCUGGCGAAAGAUAUCAGCGAGAGGAUGGCGCAAGCAAUCCAAGACGGGCAACACAGCAGGGAACAACGUGAAUGGAAGGUCACAGUUGGUCACAAAGAAUAUUCCGCGCGUGGUAUGGUCGAUAAGACUGUCGACAUCCUGAAUAAGUUUGUGGCCGUGGGUGACGUCGCCGUCAGCUUUGAUCCUGUUCAUGCUGCUCUACCAUGGGCCGCUGUUCGAUUCGUUCUUGUGACUUUGGCCGCUGGUAGUGAGCUAAGAAGUCAAAUUAUCUUUGGCCUUGCCAAGGUCACUUCAUUGAUCUUGCAGUGCGAUACAUACCGGCGUAUAUAUUUGACCCUGGAUCCCACCCUCCGACCAGCUGCAGAUAUCUUGGACCUUCUGGAGACGUCCAUCGUUCACAGCUACGUCAAUUCGUUGUUGUUUCUCGGUUUUGCGAUCCAUCGCCAGGGAAGCAGGAGCCGUAUGGUCAGCGCUCCCUUCAAGUUGAACGAGGUGGAAUCGUAUAUCGAGAGCCUGCAGGAGAGCGGAGAUCAGCUUAGCCGAGCUGCCGAUGACUGUGAAAAGCAGUGCAACCUUCAAAAUCGGACAGGGGUCAAGGAACUGCUCAGAUACGCUAAGGAGUCCCAUCAAAGCAUGCAAACCCACAGCGUACUACUAAUGGAUAUCCACCAGAAGAUGGUGUUUGAUAAACUCAGGACUGCUGAGGGUGCUGCGUAUGAUUCUCACGCUAACGAACACGAAGCUCGAUGCCAUCCCCAAACCCGAGUCGAUCUUCUGGCCCAGAUCUACAAAUGGGCCGGCGACCCGGACAGUGAGUGUAUCUACUGGCUGCAGGGCAUGGCAGGAACUGGGAAGUCCACGAUAUCUCGUACCGUAGCCUACGAGCUCUCCCGGAAAGAAGCACUCGGGGCUAGCUUCUUUUUCAAGAGAGGCGAGGGUGAUCGUGGAAAAGCAGCGCGGGUUUUCCCUACCAUUGCUACCCAGCUUGUCCGCCGGUUGCCCUCCUUGAUGCCUCAUAUCCAAGAUGCGAUCGAGACCGACUCCCAUAUUGGCGAAAUGGCUAUCAGCAAACAGUUCGAGAAUCUGAUCAGGUUACCUUUGACAAAAAUGCUGAGCAAUCCUCAAAACCCUCCGACUGUUGUAACAUCAGUCCACCUGAAGUUCUUCGUAACAAGCCGACCGGAAAUUCCAGUGUACGUUGAAUUCAGGAGAAUCCGCGAACCCUAUAAAGACUUCAUUCUCCACUUGGUUGACGAACAUACAAUCGAACAUGACAUCACAGCGUUCUUGAACUCAACAUUGGCAGAAAUACGAAACGAAUACAACAUGUAUCCUUUAGGUGGCCAACACCUGCCAGAAUCCUGGCCUUCUUCGACAGAGAUUCACGACCUAGUUAAGAUGGCCAUUCCUCUUUUCAUCUUCGCCGCAACUGCUUGCCAACUGAUCCAGAAGGGCAAAUAUGGCGACCCUGAGGAAAAUUUAAACAAGAUACUGGAACGCACAACCGGGACACAGAUAUCUAAGCUCAAUGAACUGUACCUUUUCGUCCUAGAACAACUACUCGAUGACCCAAUCAAUUCGAAGGAAGAAAUCUUGAAACGGUUCCAAGAAAUUGUCGGCGCCAUCGUAAUCCUAGCCGAUCCUCUCUCAGUUACGUGCCUCGCCAAACUCCUCGAUAUUUCCGAAAAAAAGAUUGGCCAUGUAGUAGGCCUGCUCCCUUCAGUCCUCUACAUGCCAUCUGAAAAGAGUGCUCCUAUUAAGCCACUUCACCUGUCAUUUCGGGACUUUCUGGUCAAUCGCAAUAAUCAUGAGACGGAUCCGUUCUGGGUUGAUGAAAAAGAGACACACAAGAAUUUGGCAAAGCACUGCUUGCAUGUUAUGCGCAGCGGUCUGCGGAAGAACAUAUGCGGCUUAUCUUUUUCUGGUAUGCGUCGAUCUGCAGUGGACCUUGAGCAACUGGAGAAAAGUAUGCCUUCACAGCUCCAAUACGCUUGCAUGCACUGGGCAUAUCAUCAGACCAAGGGCGACCCCGAGCUAAGCAUUAGCAAGGAAGUUUAUGGCUUCUUGACGACACACUUCCUGCAUUGGCUUGAAGCGAUGAGUUUGCUCGGACGAGUUAAGGAAUGUCUUGACGCCCUAAGGUUACUGGCGAGAUGGGUAGAGGCCCUAGAGGACUCAAGCCUUUCGACUUUUAUAGCUGAUGCAGAGCGCUUUAUUCAGGCCUACUUUUCCGUGGCUGCUGAAAUGCCGCUGCAGAUUUAUUGUUGCUUGGCUUUUGCCCCAAGGAAGAGUAUUAUGCGGAGGACAUUUGAGAAGGUUAUUCCAAAAUGGAUAUGCAGUUUGCCGAAGGUUGAAGAAAACUGGGAUGCAUGCUUAUUGACUUUAGAGGGCCAUAGCAAAAGGGUUAACUCGGUAGUGUUCUUGCAUGACUCGAAAAAGGUAGCAUCAGGCUCUUGGGACGAUACGAUACGGAUCUGGAAUGCAGAGACAGGCGAAUGCGAGCGAGUGCUAGAGGGCCAUAGCGCCGAUGUCAACUCGGUAGUGUUCUCGCAUGACUCGAAAAAGGUGGCAUCGGGCUCUAUUGACCAGACAAUACGGAUCUGGAAUGCAGAGACAGGCGAGUGCGAGCGAGUGCUAGAGGGCCAUAGCAACUCGGUCAACUCGGUGGUGUUCUCGCAUGACUCGAAAAAGGUGGCAUCGGGCUCUAUUGACCAGACAAUACGGAUCUGGAAUGCAGAGACAGGCGAAUGCGAGCGGGAGCUAGAGGGCCAUAGCGCCGAUGUCAACUCGGUAGUGUUCUCGCAUGACUCGAAAAAGGUGGCAUCGGGCUCUAUUGACGAGACGAUACGGAUCUGGGAUGCAGAGACAGGCGAAUGCGAGCGAGAGCUGAAGGGCCAUAGCGAUAUGGUCAACUCGGUGGUAUUCUUAUAUGACUCGAAAAAGGUGGCAUCAGGCUCUUGGGAUAAGACGAUACGGAUCUGGGAUGCAGAGACAGGCGAAUGCGAGCGAGAGCUGAAGGGCCAUAGCGAUAUGGUCAACUCGGUGGUAUUCUCGCAUGACUCGAAAAAGGUGGCAUCAGGCUCUUGGGAUAAGACGAUACGGAUCUGGGAUGCAGAGACAGGCGAAUGCGAGCGAGAGCUGAAGGGCCAUAGCGAUAUGGUCAACUCGGUGGUAUUCUCGCAUGACUCGAAAAAGGUGGCAUCAGGCUCUUGGGACAAGACGAUACGGAUCUGGGAUGCAGAGACAGGCGAAUGCGAGCGAGUGCUAGAGGGCUAUAGCGGCGGGGUCUACUCGGUGGUAUUCUCACAUGACUCGAAAAAGGUAGCAUCAGGCUCUAUUGACGAGACGAUAUGGAUCUGGAAUGCAGAGACAGGCGAAUGCGAGCGAGAGCUGAAGGGCCAUAGCGACAUGGUCAGGUCGGUGGUAUUCUCGCAUGACUCGAAAAAGGUAGCAUCAGGCUCUUGGGACAAGACAAUACGGAUCUGGAAUGCAGAGACAGGCGAGUGUGAAGAAAUCGUUCCAUUAGAUGGUUCUGCACAUAUUCUGUCUUUUGCGACUGAUGGGCGUGGCAUUGUCACGGAUCGUGGCGUAUUUGCUUUAUCAGGCGGCUUACAACCUCAUGCAGGCUCUGCCAUGCCGUGGCAGUCUUCAUAUACCCCGAUGCUUGCCUGCACAGACAGCACCUGGGUCACAGCGGCCGGAAAAGACUUGUUCUGGCUGCCUCCCGAAUGCCGCAAUGGAGAAGUCGCUGUUUCGGGAAGCACAGUUGCCAUAGGUUGCCGAUCAGGAAGAGUCUUGGUGUUAGGGAUUUCUAUGUCUGAGGUGGAGCAGUGGACGGAUACAUGA